ACGGUCUCUCCUAUCAUUUACUGACUAUUGCGGAAAAUAUCAUUACAAUCCUCAGUGUCAAAUUGGAAAAACGACUGUCACGGAAUUUAUUUGAAAAAUUGCGUGAAGAGCGACCUUCAAAUUUCAAGAAAUUAGUUCCAAUUUCUGGCGAUGCCAAUGAGAAAGAAUUAGGUUUAUCAGCUAUGGACAAACAAAUGCUCGUUGAUAGAGUAACUAUAAUAAUACACAUAGCGGGAGAUGUAAAAUUUAAUAACAGUUUAAAAUAUGCCACACUUGUCAAUGUUAGGUCAACGAGAGACAUCUGUAUUUUAGCGCAAAGUAUGAAGAAUUUAAUAGCACUAGUGCAUGUUAGUACAGCAUUCGUACCUGUGAAUGAAUCUUUUGUAGAAGAAAAAAUUUAUCCACCAGUAGCUGAUUGGCAGAAAAUGAUUGAAAUGGCCGAAUUAUUAGAUGAGCAUACCUUAAACGUUUUUACGGCUAAAUGUUUAGAUUAUGCACCCAACACAUAUAUUUUUUCAAAAAUUUUAGCGGAAAGUAUAAUACAGGAAUAUUCUUCCUCUUUGCAUUGCGCGAUUAUAAGACCUUCUGUAGUGUCAUCUACGCUGAAAGAACCAAUACUAGGAUGGUUAGAUAAUGUUUACGGUCCAAUAGGACUUUUCGUAGGUUGUGGACAAGGAUUAAUACGAGUAGCCUGUUGUAAUAUAAAUGUUAAUCAAAAUUUGGUACCAGUAGACAUUGUCAUCAAAGCCAUAUUAGUCAUGUCUUGGAAACUAGGAUCGACUAG